AGCUGCGCGGCCCCGGCGCGCCCCGCUGCUCGCGGGAAGCUCCGCGCGGGGCCGGGCUGCGGCCUGCCUGCUGCUCCCGCCCCGCUCCGCCCGGGCCCGCAGGCCGCUCCCCCGCCGCCGCUCCUCCCGCCGGGCCGCGCCGGCCCCGCCGGGCGAUGAGGAGCUGCUUCUGCCUGCGACGGGGGAGCCGCGACCCGCCACCCGCCGCACGGGCAACACACGAUGUUUGUUCAGACUGGGCAUUGUGAAGUGUAAACCCAGGUCCCACUGGCACCAGCACUCACCUCUGCCUUUUCUAGAAGCAGACCAGUGCAUCAUGCCUGAAGUGCGAGACCUCUCCGAUGCCUUGCCCGACUUGCCGAUGGAUCCCAUCACAGGGGUCGGCGUGGUUGCAUCCCGGAACCGAGCACCGACGGGCUAUGAAGUAAUUGCACAAACAGCAGAUGGCUUGGAUGCUGACCUCUGGAAGGAUGGCUUAUUUAAAACCAAGGUCACACGAUACCUGUGCUUUACAAGAUCCUUUUCAAAAGAAAAUAGUCAUUUAGGAAACGUCUUGGUUGAUAUGAAGCUUAUUGAUAUCAAGGACACUUUGCCUGUGGGCUUCAUCCCCAUCCAGGAGACCAUUGAUACACAAGAAGUAGCUUUCAGAAAGAAGAGGCUGUGCAUUAAAUUCAUCCCUCGAGAUUCUACAGAGGCAGCGAUCUGUGACAUCCGAAUUCUGGGUAGAUCUAAACAAGCCCCUCCUCAGUACACCUUCAUUGGGGAGUUGAACAGCAUGGGCAUCUGGUACCGCAUGGGUAGAGUUCCACGCAACCAUGAGGCUUCACAGCCUGAAACUCCUCCUUCUCAGGCACCGUCCUCAACACCAGCUCCUAAUCUGCCCAGGCACAUCUCACUGACGCUCCCUGCCAGCUUUCGAGGGAAAAGUCACAGCACUCGCCUGGACUUGGAGCACCAGCACUCAAAUUUAUAUGCCAUCUCAGCCAUGGAUGGAGUGCCUUUCAUGAUUUCGGAGAAGUUUGCCUGUGCUCCUGAAGGGAUGCAGCCAGUUGAUCUCUUGGGCAUCACAAUCAAAACCCUUGCAGAAAUCGAAAAGGAGUACGACUACAGCUUCCGGACGGAGCAGAGCGCAGCAGCCCGCCUGCCACCCAGCCCCACACGGUGCCCACCGGUCCCACCGUCCUGAGGGGUGCCGGUGCUGGAGCAGGCCUGUGCGUGCCUACUACUGAGUGGGGCACGGCGCUGGUGCCGCCCCACAGACCCCUGCCCGGCCACCGCCGCCCGCCCUGCGCUGCACCACCUCCUGCACACGCCGCUCCACACUGUGGGACUGCACAUCCCGCCGGCAGCUGCCCCACCCCCCUCACUGCUGCAGACACCUCACCACGUGAGUACAUGACAAGGAGCCUGAUGGCAGCCCCUGUUGUCCCCACUUCAUAACCCCUGCUUCAGAGCUGUCACAAACUGUGGUGAACAGCAAGCCGUGAGAUCGCCGACCAUCUUGAAAUUCUCAGCAGCAAGCCCUAAAAGUAAGGAAGAGUAAAAGAUACAGCUGGUUAAUCCACAAGCCCCCGGGCAUCCUGCCUAGGCCGACGUGGAGCUGACAGGUUCUCGAUGCCUCGUGGCAGGAGGCACCUGCGGCGCUUGGUCCAGCAGCAGCACUGAGCCACAGUGGGUGCCCCAUCUGCCUGCGCUGAGGUCCAGACGCCCUGCGGCUGCUGCAGCCACAUCAACCCCAGACUGGGAUCACUUUUUUGCUGUAGGCUGGCGGAGACGCAGUUGCUCUCCCAGAGCCACCCCGGGCUCCAUCCCCAGGCCCUGGUGACGCAGAGGGGCAUAGAGAGCACAAACUGUGCUGCAGUUCCUGCAGUGAAGCACCUCCUCUCAGCACAGGGGUCUGUGUGUCUGACAGGACCCAGAGCAACAAGCAUGCUGUAUUUCUCUCUGGGCUGGAUGCUGGCAGACUCCAGCAGUGCCCCACAGACCUGCUUCAGCAGCCUACGGAGCCAGGGCCUGCUGACAACUUGGGUGCUCUCACCUGCCUGUCACUUUUGACCGUUUUCUAAUAUUUGUCCCACUAGCUGCUAAAAUGAGAGAUGUGCCUAUUCCUUGUGCACUCACAGGAAGCACUGAACUCUGCCGUGGUGCAGGAUGAGAGUGGGAUGCAUUAAGUCCUGACCUCAGCCUCCUUGUGAUCACUGACCUUAGCUCGCUCCCCAGUUACAUGCAUGUCUUGGAGAAGUCUCUUGCUGUAAUAAGUUAUUUAGAAGUGCCCAUCUUGACUCUGUGCUGCUUUUUCAAGUCUCUGCUGUAGAACAAACCUACAUCAUGGCAGCAAAAUGGCAAUUUUAAAGUGUUAAAACGUACAACUUUUUAUAUUGUAAAAUACUGAUUACCUAACCCUUUUGAAAUGCAAUUGCCAUAGUAGCAAGUAACAGUAUUGUCGCUCUCAGUCUGGGUCAUACGUAUGCCCUGACCUGCUUUGCACUGCUUUUGAUUGAUCUUGUGUUUUCUAGUUGGACAGAAUGGUGACUAACAGUAGGUUUUGUACUGUCAGCUUGUAUUUUUUAUUUGUACAUAUGUAAAAUAUUUCUUGUCCAAAGAUUCAUUUCUGGUUCUAAGGCACCAUACUGUAUUACUGGGAUAAUGAGCACAAAAUACCAUAAUAUUCAGGACAGACUGAUUCUGAGUCUUUUCCUCAACUUCUUCCAAUGAGGUAAAUCAUUUUAUAAAGCUGCCUCUGUAAAGCAAGGCUGUGCAGUUUGGAAAGCAGAGGCCGAUUUGGUUGCAGGUGUGUUAUAUUUGGGCAAAAGAAUUAAAGCUGCGCCAUUUGCACCAGCUCUGGAGAUGUGGGUGACCCCCUGGAAGUGCUCGUUUACUUGGAGGUUGCAGCACCAUUUUUAGUUCUUAUUUAUCCUGCAGGAAAGCAAAGCCAGACCUCACUGCCAAGCUUCACAAAGGCUAGAUUGAUGAUGCCGACAUCAACAAAUGAACAUACCAUGGCAGCCUGGUCAUUCGGCUCAGGUUCACUUGAAGUUCAAAUCUACUCCAUGCUGUAGUACUGUGCCCAUCGCAUCCAUCUUUUGUCUUUCUGUUUUUCUGCUUGUAAUUUUUUCUGUAGUUUUCUGCUGCAUCUGUUUAUAGCUUCUCCUGUGGCUUAGUGGACACCACAGGUAGGUGGAAGCUGUUGGCUGCGGUGUGUUCCUCAUAGCUGUGGGAUGAAGGAGCUGUGAAGAGCUGCCCUGUCCCUCAUGGAGGAGGAGUGAAGGCUGUGGGCUCGUACAGGAUGGCCAGCAUGGAGGCUGCAGAGCUCCAGGGGCAGUUCCUGCUGCUGUGAGAUGCAGAGAUGGCUGCCAGGAGCCCCUCCUCCAGCUGUGUUUUCCUGUGCCGAGGGCAGAGCCGACUACGGCGCCGCUGGAGCACUUGGUGAGGAGCAGGUUCAGAUGGCUGCCCAGCCUCAUGUUCAGUGGGGCACUCCCUGGGUGUGUUGGAAAAAUGGGAACAUAGCUUCGAGUCCCUUCCUGUGAGAUUUAGCUUAGAAAGCAUCUGUAUAUAAAAUUGAUGCUUUAUUAUUUAUAGCACCAGUCACGUUUUCUCAGCCUUCUUAGAGACAGCGAGCUCAGCUUUCUCUUCAGUGACCUACAGGAAACACUGGAUGCCUCAGAACACCAACAGGACUUGCAGCUGGACAGGCGUCUAAGAAACCUUCAGGAUAUAUUUGUAUAGUUGAGUCUCACUUUUCCCUCUCUUACCCUGCACUAGCAAAGCUGCUUCAGGGUUCAUCUGCAAAGAAACUUGAGAGUUUAGUUUGAUCUUCCUAGUGUGUUUCUACAUUGUGGCUUUGCAAGGAUACCUUGAACUGAAGGCGUGAAUAGUACAGCUGCAGUUCUGUGGUACAAACCCAACAGAGAUGUUGUGAGCAAAGAGCUGCAGCUGCUGAACACCAGCUGAGCUCUGACCUACUAACCAAAGGCUGGAGAACUGGGCAUUUCCAAAGGGAAGAGGGCUCAGGGCCAGUGCUUGGAAGCACAGCCAGACUCAUGGCGCAGGGUGGUUGACUCUACACGUUGUCUUCUCAGGCCACCAUUCACUGGAGGCUUUUAGAUUGCACCUCUGGAUUCCCCAGAUCUUGAGCAUGAGGUCAGCAUUUCCACAGGUAGGUUUUAUUUGCUGUUCAGUAACUUCUCUACUUACAGUAACUCAUUGCAAGGCUGGUCCUUGCAUCCUCCCAGCUAGGAUGUGCCAUAGCCAGUACCAGCAUCUCUCUGCAUCUUCCCUGUCUAAAAGGUGACUGUGAUAGCAUUGGCCCCAGCAAUAAACAUUCAGGAAGCCUGAUGCUGACAUCUGGCUGUGGAGAAGCCUUCUGGAGCAUAAGGGGAGGGGAUGAGUCAAUGGAAAGGAACUGAAGUGGUUUUGUAGAGCUUGACCAGAUGUGCUUUGCUACCUUGCCUCUAUUUCUAGAACAAAACUAGUCUCUAGGUAGCUUAAUCUUGUGUCUGGUGGAGAAUUAGUUUGCCAAAUUAUCAUAUGUCUGCAACAGAGACAGAAAAGUAGCAGUGCAAGGUUUGCUUUCUGUAAAAUGCACCUGAUGUGGAUUAGUAGUGACACGCUGCAUCCCAAAUUUCUCACAGCAAAGAGCAGGUGAUGUGCCAAGGCAACUCCUGGGCCAUCCAGGCCAGGCUGUGCUAUCUGCUGUGUUGAUAAUGAAAGGCAAGAAAUUAGUCCAGAAAAUAAUGUAGAGUGUGAACUUUGUGAUGAAAUUCAAGCGUGGACAGUUGUAGCAGGUGUCUUCCCUGUGGGAGUGUCUUGUAGCUGUAGUUACGUAGGAAUAAACUUUGUCAAACUUUUUCCCUUUGGCUGUUUCAGAGUUUGCCUGCAGUGUUUGUAGGAGAGGAUCCCUGUGAAGCUCCUGUGUAGUUUGAGGUGGUUGGUAGUCUGUAGCUCUGGGCUUAUUUGGUUUCACACCUCCCCCUGCCCCACCAGUUUCCUGAGCUCCUCAGGUGGGACCUGCAUACCACAGAGCCUGGAGCAGGUUCUGGCACAGGCACAGCAUGUGCCAGGUGGGUGCUGGUGGUGAGGGCGUGCACCUGGGCACCUCCUCUUCAGUGUGACCCUAAAAAUCUCCUUGGGGGACAGGAAAAGGGGAUGCAGUGCUUUUAAGCUGCUGGUCCCACAUUGGCCUCUGCUGCCCUGCUGCCCUCAGGCAUCAUGGGGUCCAUGUCCCCAGGUCUGCCACCAGCCACUCUCCCACUGCCACCCCAGGGCUAGGCUGGAGUGGCCACGGGCACGUCCAGCAGGUGCCAGCAGACCAGCCCCUGCAGAGCCCUCCCCAGGGGCCUGUGCAUCUUGCUGCCUGCAAGUAACCACCUGAGCCUGCCAGCUGUGACCAACAGGGACCUGUGGCAGCAGCAGCCCAGCGGGUGGUGGGACUUACCUGAGCCAUGAGGCUGAUGGCACUGAGCAGAGCAGGUGCUCCUCUGCUCACGGAAAAGCUCAGUAAGGUGCUGCUGAAUUCAUUCAACACAGGGAAACCAAACAGUUUGGCUAUUCUGGUUGUUUAUUGUGAAAUUGUUUCCUAACAGUAACAGUUAUGUCAUCAUGCAAAUGGAAGAGAAACCAUUUAUGCAGUUGCAGAGUGUUUUUCUAAGAUGCUAUGCAUUUUGUUUGGUUAUUGAAAGUGAAUUUACUGUGCAUUAAUCUUAUGAAUGUUACUACAUUUUAUAUUUAUUUUAGGUGACCCUCCUGUAUUUUACAAAGGGAAGUUUCGUUGUCUGAUAACUUAGUCUGUAUUCUUAAUAUAAUUUGUUAAAUAAAACUUGUUUUAAUCAGUGCUUUAAA